UACUUCGGCUUCGGCAGUAAUCUCUGGAAGCAACAGAUGUCCCUCCGGUGCCCAACCUCCCCCUUCACCGGGAUCGGACGCCUGUGUGGCUACAAAUGGUUUAUCAACGGCCGAGGGUACGCAAACAUCGCCCCGAUAACCACCGCCAGCCCUGAUUCGGAAGACGAAGUCUGGGGCCUAGUCUACGACCUCUCCCCAGCCGACGAGGCGCGGCUAGACAUCAAUGAAGGGGUGCCCUUCGCCUACGAGAAACGCCACAUCCCCGUCGAGUUUUGGCCUGACGGCACCGGCGCGGAUGGGAUACCGGAGAAAGGCAAGGGGCAAGUAGUGGACAUGCUUGUAUACAUCGAUUUCAAGCGCAGCCAGCCGGGCCACCGGCCACGCGCCGAGUACGUGCACCGCAUGAACAUGGGCAUCCGGGACGCGCUGCGGGAGGGGGUACCGCAGGCGUAUGUGGAGAGGGUGCUGCGGCCGUACAUACCGGCCGACGCGGAGCUUGAUGCGGAAGCGGUUGACCUAGCAAAGAGGCAGGCGGCUGGGUUUCGAGACGACAGCGGUGUUAUUCCG